AUGAGGACAAGGUUCCUCACUCCGAGGACAAGGUUCGUCACUCUGAAGACAAGGUUUCGUACUCUGAGGAGAAGAUUCCUCACACUGAGGGCAAGGUGCCUCACCCUGACGACAAUGUUCCUCACUAUGGGGACUAGCUUCGUUACUCUGAGGACAACGUUGCUCACUCUGAAGGCAAGUUCCUCACAUCGAGGACAAAGUUCCUCACUCUGAAGGCAGGUUCCUCUCUAAGGGCAAGGUUCCUCACUCUGAGGACAAGGUUCCUCAAUCUGAGAACAAGGUUCCUCACUCUGAGGACAAGGUUCCUCACUCUGAGGACAAGGUUCCUUACUCUGAGGACAAGGGCCUUCAAACUGAGGACAAGGUUCCUCACACUGAGGAUAACGCUCCUCACUCUGACAACAAGUUUCCUCACACUGAGAACUAGGUUCCUCAAUCUGAGGACAAGGUUCCUCACACUGAGGACAAGGUUCUCACUCUGACAACAAGGUUUUUCAGUCUGAGGACGAGGUUUGUCACGCUGGGAACAAGGUGUUUCACACUGAGGACAAGGUUCCUCACUCUGAGAACAAGGUUCCUCACCCUGAGGACAAGAUUCCUGACAAUGAGGAAAAAGUUCCUCACAUUGAGGAGAAGGUUCUUCACUCUGAGAGAAAGGUUCCUCACACUGAGAACAAGGUUCCUCACCCUGAAGACAAGGUUCCUCACUCUGAGGACAAGUUUCCUCACAUUGAGGACAAGGUAACUCAACCUGAGGACAAGGUUCCGCACUCUGAGGACAAGGUUCCUCACUCUGAGGAAAAGGUUCCUCCCUCUGAGCUCAAGGUUCUUCACAGUGAGAACAAUGUUUCUCACACUGAGGACAGUGUUCCUCACUCUGAAAACAAGGAUCGUCAGUCUGAGGAAAAGGUUCCUCGCUAUGGCGACAAACUUCCUCGCUGUGAGGACAAGGUUCCUCACUCUGAAAGCAGGUUCCUCUCUCUAAGAGCAAGGUUCCUCACUCUGAGGAGAAGGUUCCUCACUAUGAGGACAAGGUUCCUCACUCUGAGGAGAAGGAGUGAGGACCUUCUCCUCAGAGUGAGGACCUUGUCCUCAGAGUGAAGAUCCUUGUCCUCAGAGUGAGGAAAUUUGUCCUCAUUGUGAGGAACUUUGCCCUCAGAGUGAGGAACCUUCUCCUCAGAAUGAGGAACCUUGUCCUCAGUGUGAAGAACCUUUCCUCAGAGUGAGGACUCUUGUCCUCAGUGUGAGGAACCUUGUCCUCAGAGUGAGGAAUCUUGUCCUCAGAGGGAGGAAACUUGUCGUCAGAGUGAGGAAUCUUCUCCUCAGUGUGAGCAACCUGGUUGCAGAGUGA